UAUAUAUAAAUAUAUUUAGCUCGGCUUCUCCAAUCUUCACUCUCCGAUGAGGACUGAUCAUACCGCCAAAACCAUAAUGGCAGACACACACUCACUACCUUCUGAUUCCACCAUCGACCCGAUCCAACACCUCCCUCUUUCUCUAUUCAGAUCCGACACCAUCCCUCCGGCUCCGUCCCGUUCCGACCCACCUGGAUCCACAAUCGAUUGGCUCCCCAACUUCGCUGACCUCUCCUGGGUCGCAUAUGGAGCUUCCAAUCUCUUAGUAAUCUCCCACUUUCCUUCUCCAUUAUCCCCUAAUGAAACCGCUAUUGGUCCCAUUUUCCGGCAGUUCUUCGAGCUCUCCGGUGACCCUUCGUUGGCUGUCAACGCUGUGUCGUGGUCUCCGGCUACGCCCUCCAUCGGCGAGCUCGCCGCUGCUUCCGAAAAUUGUGUUUGGGUUUUCUCUCAUGAUUCGGCGAGUUUAAAAGGUUCUUUUUGUUGGAGCCAGAAUGCAAUACUUGUUCAAUCUACUAAGGUGGAUGCUGUCAGUUGGAGUGGUUCAGGAGAUGGUAUAAUUGUCGGUGGAGUUGAGGUUGUUUUAUGGAAAAGAAGUAACAAGUUUUGGGAAAUUGCUUGGAAGUUUAAAGCAGAUGGACCCCAAACUCUGGUUUCAGCGACAUGGUCUAUCAAGGGACCUUCUGCAACUGCAGCUUACUCAGGUAAACUGCAUACUGAAGGAUCAUUUAAUGGUUACACUAGCAGAUGUGUAUCAGUAUGUCAAAGUGAUAAAAAAUUGGGAUAUGUGAAAGUUGAGCUACGUCAUCCUUUGCCUGUGUCUUUGAUUCAAUGGAGGCCAGCAACUGGUAGAAACUCAAAUGGAAAUUCUAGGAAUUCAAAAAAGAAUGUGCUGCUGACUUAUUGCUUAGAUGGAACUGUUAGGUUGUGGAGUGAGAUUGAUAACGGAAGGGUCAGAAAAAGUGGCAAGGAUGAUCGUAAAUCCUUUCGGCAAUCUUUUUGUGUCGCUGCUGUAAUUGAGAUAAACCAGUCAAUAAAUGGGACUUUAGGCAUGUAUAUUUUUGUAACAUGGGCAACAGAAAUUGAGGGUAUAUACGAAGGUGGUGAGGGAACUAAAAAGUUAAUCUCUUUGGAUGAUUAUGAUUGCGACAAGGCUGGCAGUUGUGAGUGGAUCAUUGGGUUUGGUCCAGAAAGGUUGGUUAGUUUUUGGGCUGUCCAUUGUUUAGAUGAUGUCAACCCAAUGAGAUUCCCCCGUGUUACAUUGUGGAAAACACUUGAACUACAGGAUCUCAAAGUGGGGCAUCUUCAUAGGACUGAUCUACCAAAUUCCAAAGAGAAAAUAUUCCUCAGUAAAGCCGCUGUUUUGAGGAAAAGUUUGUCUGAUCCACCAACUAUGUGCUCAUUAAUUCAGUUGUUACCUAGUAAUUCAUUGGUCUGGUCACUUAUAUAUACACCAACACCCAAUAAUUUAGAGGAUUCAUCACUUAAUAAUCAUAGAAUAGAGGAUAGAUCUUGUAGGAGUGGUGAGUACUUAAAUUUAGAUGGUCAUACUGGAAAAAUCUUACAGGUAGCAGUGCAUCCUUAUAGUGCUGAUGUUGAACUGGCUGUGUCCUUGGAUUCUAACGGAUUACUUCUUUUUUGGUCUCUAUCUUCAAUUUCUAAUUGCAUUUUGGGUUGUCCAACAUUAGUUCCUCCAUGGGAGCUCCAUGGGAAACUUGGAACGCAGAAUUCAUGUUCUAAGUACACAAGCUUGAGUUGGGCUCCUCCUAUAUUGGAUCAAGAGCUGGUUCUUCUUAUGGGACACGUUGGUGGGAUUGAUUGCUUUGUUGUUAAGAUAUGUCAAAGGGAAGGCGAGAAUAUAGAAUGUCACUACUUAUGUACUAUACCUUUUAGAGGUCAUGGUCCUUAUGAGGAAGGUCCAACCAACAUAUUUUCAAUUCAUUUGCCUUCUAUUAAACAUGACAUCUUACAGUCACAUAAAUUUUUGCUUUUGGGAGUAUGGAUGAAUGGGUUUCAAGCUCUAUCAUGGGAAGUUACUAUGCAUUCCUAUGAUUUAUCAGGAAGCAGCUGCGAAUGUGAUUUUGAGACUACAAAUGCUGCUGAGUGCAACACGUGGGGUUUUGGAAUUACUUUUUCUGAUAAAAGAUAUUGUGUUAGUUUACGUUCUUGCUCAUCACAAUUACCAGAACCUCAUAGUGGUGAUCAAGUUACAAGUUUUGCUGUGGUGUGUCCAGAUGAUUUGGUUUCACAAAUAUCUGCUUCUUUUAGUGAUAAUUUAUCUAGUCAUCCUGCAUAUACCAUGGCCACAGGCUGUGCUAAUGGAUAUUUGAAAUUUUGGAGAAGUAAGCUUGGUGAAUUACCAACCUCUGCUACACCAUGGGAGCUCGUGGGCAUGGUUAUGGCACAUCAGGGGCCUAUUAGCGCUAUAUGCUUAAGCAACUGUGGUCGGAAGAUUGCAACCAUUUGCAAGGAACCUCAUUCAAAUAUUGUCAGCAAUCUUUCUGUAUGGGAAUCUGUUCACAUUGCAGGAUCAGGGGCUUUCAUUUUAGAAGAUAAAAUAGCCCUUGAUGGACAAGUUAUUGCUUUAAAAUGGUUAGCCUUAGGUAAUGGUCGGUUUUUACUUGGACUUUGCAUCCAAAAUCAGUUGUUUAUAUAUGCUCAGGGAUGCUCUGGUGGUCAGGCUUUGCUAAUCACUGGAAAAUCAAUGAAAGGGGAAAUUUGGCGCUGCAUUGCAUGUACUCAUACUUUAUCUCCUAUUAGUGACUUCCUUUGGGGGCCAAGAGCAACAGCUCUGGUGGUUCAUGAUAGUUACUUGUCUAUACUCAGUCAAUGGUUGUUCAUAAAUAAAGAGCAUCAGGCUGGGGUUGAUUCGAAUUAUCUCAAGAUGAAUUGCCUAGAUUUUGCAAGUAAAACAGAGGACAAACAUUCUGCAAUAUUCACAGAUUGUGACUUUGCUGAAUUGACAGUAUUAUUACCUAAGGAUGAUGGUAAAGAAUGCAACUUUGUCACUCCUAGAAAGGUGAAUACAAAAACGGGUUGUGAAUCCAGCAGUUUGUUGGCAGCAAGGACCCAAUUGGAGCAUGCUUGGGAUAAAAAACUUGGUUUAUGGAACAUGCUAGAAAUAGUGGAGAGGUUUGGUGGAUCUAAAGAAUUUUAUCAUCCCGAGGCACUCCUUAUGAACAGCUUUACAGGAAAUUGGAAGCGUGCAUUUUCAGCUGUGAGGCAUCUUGGUGAAUGUCUUGGUUGUGCUUCUGAGAAGAGGUGCAGCGCAGAGGAUUCUAGCAAUAUUGUUCCACUAAUUCCUCUGUCAAAUUAUUUUGAAGGACUCCUUCAGAAAAUUUCAUCUGAUAAAGGAUUUAACUGGGGUGGAAACACAUCUUUAACCACAUCAUCUUAUCAGUUUCUGAUAGGGUCAUCCGAGUUUGCUUACAAUUUGGAGUCUGAUUCUUCUAAUAAACUUUUCAUGUCCUCAUCAACAAAAUCCGAACUUAAUGCCUUCAUUGAACCACUUGAGAAUUUCUACAAGCUAGCUUCAAUAACCAUUGAAGAAAAAACACAAAUUCUUGCUAUAAUAGAUCUUCUUGGUGAAAUGACUAAACCAAACUCUGCUUAUGAAAGUCUUGAUGAACCUGGACAAAGAUUCUGGGUUGCGUUAAAGUUUCAGCAACUACAUUUUUUCCGAAGGUUUGGUAGACCUGCAACUAUGGAAGAAUUGAAAAUUGAUUCUUCCCUGAUUGUGUGGGCCUAUCACUCUGAUUGCGAGGAAAAUUUGUUUGGGUCUGUUCUUCCAAAUGAACCAUCUUGGCCAGAAAUGCGUAACUUGGGCAUUGGGUAUUGGUUUACAAAUUCGGCACAAUUGCGAACAAAGAUGGAGAAACUGGCAAGAAUGCAGUAUCUGAAGAAGAAGGAUCCUAAGGAUUGUGCAUUGUUGUACAUAGCACUGAAUAGAAUUCAAGUUCUAGCUGGCCUUUUCAAAAUCAGCAAGGAUGAGAAGGAUAAGCCCCUAAUUGGAUUUCUUUCUCGCAACUUUAAGGAAGAGAAAAACAAGGCAGCUGCUUUGAAGAAUGCAUAUGUCUUAAUGGGGAAGCAUCAGCUGGAGUUAGCUAUUGCUUUCUUUCUGCUUGGAGGUGAUAUUGCUUCUGCUGUCAAUGUUUGUGCAAAGAACCUUGGGGAUGAACAACUGGCACUAGUAAUUUGUCGGCUGAUUGAAGGGCAUGGUGGACAAGCAGAGCAUCACCUAAUAACAAAGUUUAUGCUUCCAUCUGCAAUUGAGAAGGGCGACAAUUGGCUAGCAAGCCUUCUGGAGUGGGAAAUGGGGAAUUACUAUCAAUCUUUUAUGAGAAUGUUUGGUCCCCUAAUUGAUUCUGCAGUUGAGAAGUCUGCAGUUUUGUCCAACAAUAUUUCUUUCUUAGAGCCAACUAUUGGUCUUUACUGUUUUACACUAGCUAGCAAAAAUAGUUUGAGGAAUGCUGUUGGGGACCAUAACACUGCAAUCCUUGGUAGAUGGGCAAUUCUGAUGACAGCUACUGCCUUAAACAGAUGUGGUCUUUCUGUUGAAGCUUUGGAAUGCCUUUCAUCUUCGUUGAGCGUUCUUGGGAAUAUGAAUCAAGAAAAUACCUCCAGCUCUAGUCAUUCUGAUAUUCUGCAUGGAAUUUUAAAGCCUUUUAAAAAUUCUUCCAAUUGGCUGGCAGAUGAUGUGGCUUUUAGGCUUGAGAAUUGUGCUAAACUAGAUUUGGCUCUUAAACACUUGUCCAAAUUGACAAGAGAGCAUCCAAGCAGGGAAGAGAUUGUUGUUCGAUCAGCUGGAGCUCAUAUGUGCUCAGGAAAAUAUGAUAAUCAUCAAUUUCUAGAACUGCUUGAAAGCUUUAGAAGUAAGUUUUACACAGAACUGGGACAGUUUGAACAGAAGUUUUCGCUACUUCCACUCAGUCUAAUUAGAAAUAUUUUGGUUUUACUGUACAAUCAAGGGCUUUUGGUUGUUGGAUAUGAUCUAUUUCAUAGAUAUGUAAAUCAAGAGCAUGCACAAGAUAAAAGCCAUGCAGUUGAUAGAAUCUGUUUAUAUUCCCUUACGAGUAAGCCUUUCUUAAAGGCUACAAAAGAAACCUCUCUGUUAUUUUCUCGGUUUGUUGUCGCUUGCAGUAUAACUUGUUCAGAACUGAAAUCACCUUACAUGGAAAAUGACGUUUCUUGUGAAAGUAGAUCUUCCUGGUCAAAUGCUUCGGCUUACUAUCUUCAAUGUCUUUUGUUGUCAUCACGGAUUUUAAGAGCUUCUUUGAGGAUUAAAUGUGGAUCACUCAGCCAAGAUCUCAAUACAAAAUUCCUUACAGCUCUUGAUUUAAUCGAGUAUUCUGUGCAUUUUUCAUAUGUUUGGCUUCUAAGAAACUAUAAAUGUCUCCUUUUGAUGCUUGAAUCUCUCCUGAUCAAGAAUACUGAUGAGCAUAUAUUGUACGAAGUUGAUAUUGCAAACCUGAAGAAGCUUCUCCCGCAAAUUGCAGACUUUGCAUCUCAAAGGUUAUUGGACAACGAUGUGGGAAAAGGUCAUCAUAUUUCUAGAGGUUUGUUAGAAGAUCAAGGUUUGAAUACAAAACAUUCAAUUCCAGAAGAUGAACAAUGGAAAAUUUUUGGGGCCUGUUUGUGGCAACACAUGUCCAGAUUUAUAAAGCAUCAAAUAAAGAAGAUGUAUAAACUUGAAGACAGCUAUUUUUCUGACUUGUCACGUGAACUUUCUUCAGAAUCAUGCAGUGCCACAAAUUCGGAUUAUAAGGACAAGAGCAUAGAAGAACAGAUUGGAUUGGUCUCAUUGACCUUGGUUAAGCAAUUGAAAGCAACAGUGGAACAUAUCUCAUCUUAUCAUAUAAAACAGCUGGCAUUAUAUCUGUAUUUGAAAAUACAACAUGGGCGGCAUGUAAAGACUCUUGUUUGGUUAGAAGAUUCUAGUCAGUCUCAUACUAGGGUUCCCCAUCAGAAUCUAGGUCAGGAUACUGUCAGUUUGGACAUGAUGAAUGACAAAGAAGGAUUUGAUAUACUGUGGGGCAUCUGUGUUGAUCCUAAAAUGAUAUCCGAAAGUUUUGCUGAGGAAAAAAUAUGUAGUCUGGAUUUUUUUGAUCAUAAACCUUUGAAAGGGUGGAGUGAAAUAUAUGAAGGUGGCAGAGGGGUAGAUGAAGCUGAGGAAAUCCACAGUAAAGAAACUACAUCUGGAAGUAGCUCAGCAAAUACCGAAACUGGGUCAUCUGCUAGACAGCCAUUACGGAAUGACGUUAGUUUUUUGAGUUUAUGGCAGAAAGACACAACUGAUACACAGGGUAUUGCACCCUUUCAAAACCCCAGAGAAGUGCUCAAGAGAAACGGGGAGCUUUUGGAGGCAAUGUGUAUCAACUCCAUUCAUCAAGGACAAGCUGCUGUUGCUAGCAACCGAAAAGGUAUACUAUUUCUUAAUUGGAAAGAUGAAGUAUCUUUCAGAGAUCAGUCAGACUAUGUCUGGUCAGAGGCUGAUUGGCCUUUAAAUGGGUGGGCUGGUUCUGAAUCAACCCCAGCUCCCACAUGUGUAUCUCCUGGUAUUGGUCUUGGAAGCAAGAAAGGGACACACCUUGGACUGGGUGGAGCAACUGUUGGUGUGGGCUCUUUUGCAAGGCCUGGGCGAGACUUGACUGGUGGUGGAGCAUUUGGGAUUCCUGGUUAUGCUGGUAUUGGGGCCUCUGGUUUAGGUUGGGAGACUCAAGAGGAAUUUGAGGAGUUUGUGGAUCCUCCUCCAGGUGUGGAGAAUAUAAGUACUAGGGCUUUCUCUAGUCACCCCUCCAGGCCUCUCUUUUUGGUUGGCUCUAUCAAUACACACAUUUACUUGUGGGAGUUUGGUAAGGACAAAGCUACUGCAACUUAUGGAGUUCUUCCUGCUGCAAAUGUACCUCCACCGUAUGCCCUUGCCUCAAUUUCUGCUGUGCAUUUUGAUCAUUGUGGACACAGAUUUGCUACUGCUGCAUUAGAUGGCACUGUUUGUACGUGGCAGUUGGAGGUAGGAGGAAGGAACAAUAUUUGUCCAACAGAAUCCUCACUUUGCUUUGACCGCCAUGCAUCGGAUGUUACUUAUGUUACUUCGAGUGGAUCCAUAAUUGCUGUGGCUGGAUAUAGCUCCAAUGGGGCUAAUGUGGUUAUAUGGGAUACAUUGGCUCCACCCACAAGCUCACGAGUCUCCACUACAUGUCAUGAAGGUGAUGCACACUCUCUUUCGGUCUUUGAUAAUGACAUUGGAAGUGGUUCAAUUUCUCCCCUUAUUGUCACUGGUGGUAGAGAUGGUGAUGUUUGCAUUCAUGAUUUUCGAUACAUUGCUACUGGAAAGACUAAGAGGCACAAACAUUUAAGUAAUGGUGGACAAACGAUCAACCCAUCAUCAAAUAGUGACACACAGACAGGGAUUGGUGACAAAGUUGGGGAACAAAACCUAAAUGGGAUGCUUUGGUACAUACCAAAGGCUCAUUCAGGGAAUAUCACCAAGAUAAGAACAAUCCCAAAUACCAGUUUAUUCUUAACAGGAAGCAAAGACGGGGAUGUUAAACUUUGGGAUGCCAAAAAAGCUAGGAUGGUAUUUCAUUGGUCAAAAUUGCAUGAUAAACAUACGUUUCUGCAACCAACCUCUCGGGGUUAUAGUGGGGUAGUUCGGGCUGCUGUCACAGAUAUACAAGUUGUAUCGCAUGGUUUUCUUACAUGUGGUGGUGACGGUAGUGUAAAGCUGAUUGAGCUCAAAGACCAAUACUUGUAACAUGGAUAACAUGAGACAUAAGUAAAAAGUCCAACCUGCAUCUGUACUUGUGGUAAUUUUCUACCCUCACAUGAAAGAUGGUUAACAGGGAAAGAGUUGCACCAUAAUGCCAUUGCCAUUUUUUGAAUUCCCACCGUUGCACAAGUAGAUCUUAUACAGUCUACUCUGCAUACUUUUUUUUUAUCAAAACACUCGAGUGAAAGUUGUUCUGAGUCUUGGAGUUAACCCGUUGAUAAAGCAUACAACGUCACUCACCUAAGGUUUUUUUUUUCAUAGCCAAUUAUCCACCAAGGUUUUUUCCCAAAACCAAUCAAUCAGUCAAAGAGAAACUUACUUCCCUGUGCUGUGAACCUCUGCAACUUACUAUACUGAACGAUAGUUUGAGUCCCUCUUAUCAAGAAGAGGAAUAGCAGCAUGAUUGAUUAUUUGAUAUAAAGCAUUGUUGCACUCCUUUCUGGGAGUAAUGAGCCAUGUUGCUGAUUUUGCACUUUUGAAGUUUGAAGCCGGUACGGAGUACCAGCAUCAGCAACAGAACCUAAUUGUUCAAAUAGGUAUCAACUUUUGUUUUUAGUAAUACUAGUUCUUAUACUAGGCAAUCUUUUGUGUAUAUAUAUACACCGAACAUAAAUUUAUUCUCUGUAGUUCUUGCUAGAAUGCUGAAUAUUGCGCAGUGUAUAUUUGUAAUUUUUUUGCUCUUAACUUUUUUUCCAGCAGGCAGCUGAAUUGUACUUGUUUUUUCAUAUCAAGAGUAAAAAGAAAGUUCAUAGUGUUGUCUUCUCCUU